UCCACCAACGCGUGUUUUCUGUGUUUUCUUCCCCAGCUUUUGCCGCCAUGGUGAUGUUGACCAUGCCAGUUCUAAAGCAGAGCAGCUUCUGCUGCGGCGUUCCUAUGAUCAGCCUCUCGGAGCCGGACUCCGGGACUCUCCUCGUUAGAGCCUGCGAAGAUCUCGGGUUCUUCAAGGUCACCGACCAUGGAAUCCCCAUGGAGCUCAUUGCGAGGCUGGAGGAGGAAGCCUUGCAGUUCUUUGCUCUGCCUGCGGCGGAUAAGGAGCUCGCCGGAAAAGCAAACCCCUUCAGUUACGGCAGCAAGAGUAUCGGGAGCAAUGGAGAUUUAGGCUGGGUGGAGUACCUCCUCAUGGAGAUCACCUCCAAGCCCCUCUCCAUGGACUACCUCCAGAAGCCCUCCGCGAGCUCUUUCCGCUCUGCUUUGAACGAGUAUAUAUUGGAAGUGAGAAAUCUAGCAUGUCGGAUUCUAGAGUUGAUGGCGCAGGGGCUCGGCAUCGAGCCAAGCGAUGUGCUCAGUAAGUUGGUGAUGGACGGGGAGAGUGAUUCGAUGCUGAGGCUAAACCAUUACCCUCCCUGCCCAAUCCUUCAAGAGCUCAAUGGAUUCAUGACCGGGUUCGGAGAGCACACCGAUCCACAGAUCAUCUCCGUGUUGAGAUCAAACAACACUGCGGGGUUGGAAAUCUCCUUGAGAGAUGACAGCUGGGUCCCUGUCCUCCCUGAUCAAGAAUCCUUCUUCAUCAAUGUCGGAGAUUCCUUACAGGUGCUGACAAAUGGGAGGUUCAGGAGCGUGAAACACAGGGUGCUGGCUAACGCAUUGAAGUCGAGGUUGUCGAUGAUCUACUUUGGAGGUCCUCCUCCGGGGGAGAGGUUAGCUCCGCUGCCGUUGCUCAUGGCGGAGGGAGAACAGAGCCAGUACAGGGAGUUCACGUGGUGCGAGUACAAGAGCUGCGCCUACAAGACUCUGCUUGCGGAUAACAGGCUCGACCGCUUCCACAAGUGAGAUUGCAGAGCAGAGCAGAGGUCGUGCCGAAAUCCGAUGAUGCUUCGGAAUACUUUGUGAAACGUUUAUGGCUAGAGGGUUUGUUCCAAGUUCUAGGCUUAUAGCAUACGAUAUGUGUGUAGGUGAAUGAACACCUUCUUUCUUCACACUCAAAUAACUCGCUGCAUAUACGUUAACAACAGUGAUGUGUCAGUAAAAGUGAGGUGGACUUGGGCUCAGACUCAAUGAUUCAAGUCUAGUCCUAGUAAAUAUCCAAAAUGGUUUAAUGCAAAGAUUA